CACAGGAGCAAGCUACCUAAAGACGUUUUAGCAUUUUUAGUGAUCACCCUUGAAGCUGGAAGCCAAGUUGUGUCGAGACAACUCAUAACCGCAAUAGCAUCCCGUGUGGAAUCCUGUCAGCAAAAUGACGCUUCACUUCGCAUAUUGGCUGAAGCUGUGCUUGAAGCACUUGAUAUGACAAGUCUGGCUUUUGAGGAACAGGUUCGUGCAAUUUUGCUGAUUCUGCUCAACGGUGAGUGCACCAAAGAGUUUCAAAUCCUGUCUAAUCUUCUACUUGUGCAUAUUUUUGUUUGUAGUCCAUGCUCUCCCGACCAAAAGAUGGGACUCUACCUUCGCAUUGGUCGCUUGUUGUUAGACAUUGGCGAUUGUGCUGAGGCGGAAAAGUACGUGAACAGAGAUGAUUCUAUCCUGAUCGUUUAUAUUUUGGUGGCCAUAGUGGUCUUGUUAAUAUGGGAAUGUCUUCAGGCUAUUUAUGCUCGAGUGCUGGAUGGGCGACGUAAGUUCACUGAUGCAGCGCAGCGUUAUCAUGAGUUAUCACUGAUUGAGGACCUUCCCAAAUCUGACCAAAGAACAGCUCUUUCCCGUUCAAUCACGUGCACAAUUCUUGCCGCUCCUGGUUACGCUCGAUCGCGAAUGUUAACAACAUUGUUCAAAGAUCCACGGGCUACCCAGGUGCCGUCGUUUCCACUUCUGGAGAAGCUGUAUUUAGAUAGGCUUAUAAGCGCAAAUGAGCUAGUGGAAUUCGAAAAAGAACUACAGCCUCAUCAGCGAACGAAUGAGCAUGGUCAGUCGAUUGUCGAGGGAGUAAUCGUAGAACAUAAUAUGACUGCCGUAUCAAGACUGUACAACAAUAUCGCCCUUUCUACUCUUGCCGAAUUGCUUGGAAUCUCUUCAGAGAAGGUGACUUCUAGUUUCCCUUUCAUUGGAAGUUUUAGGUUUCACACUUUUACACCUAAAGCUAAAAAAUCUCUCGGCUUUGAUCAAUCUCUGAGGGAUGCUCUGUGCAUUCGACUUCGUUAA